UUCAUUAGUUGCUGUGUUUUUGUUUCCAGUUGUAUUGCUCUUGAGUAAACAUAGGCAAUUAUUUAUAUACUUCUUCUUUGUAAUGUGACAUAUGCAAUGGCUUCUUGUGAAUCUGUUAGUGAUGAUUACGAAGAUAAAAUCAAAGAAAGGAGGAAACAGGUGAUGUUAGGAGAACUUCCGGAUGAUUUCUUAAGAGUUACUCCUCUUACAUCGGCACAGCAAUUAUCUUUGGACGAACAAGCAGCAAUUGCAUUGCAACAUCAAUAUACAGUAGCAUCUGCUGUUUCUGGACGUCUAACUAUUACAGUUGUUGAGGCAAAGUUAAACAAGAAUUAUGGCUUAACACGAAUGGAUCCUUAUGUAAGAUUGCGAGUUGGAAACACAAUUUAUGAAACAAAUACUGACUACAAUGGUGCCAGGAAUCCUAGAUGGAAUAAGAAUUUUAAUUGCUUUUUCAUAGCACAGGAUAAAACUAUACACAUUGAGAUAUUUGAUGAGUGUGCAUUUUCAUUGGAUGAAAGAAUAGCAUAUGGGUCAUAUGAUAUUCCAAAAAAUGUUCUACAAGGGGAAACAGUAAAUGUGUGGGUUGAAUUAUCUGGAAAAUUAGGAGAGAACAAAGAAGGAACUAUCAAUCUAGUCCUUACUUGUCAACCAAUUCCUGCUGGUACUCUUAUAUAUCACCCAAAAUCUAUGGUUACUGUUAUUCCUUAUGGACCUUUCUCUGACCAAGAAGGUGUGGUGAGUGAUGAAUCAGUAUCAAAUGUUAAUGAUCAGUCUAGAUCUGAAAUGGGUAUUGUAGAGGUUGAAGAUUUAACUGAAGAAGAAUACAGACAGGUUGUGGAAAUGUUCCCAAAUAUUGAAGAAGACAUUGUGCGUGCUGUUAUGGAAAGCAAUAGAGGGAACAAGGAAGAUAUCAUUAAUGCUUUAUUGGAACUGAGUGAUGUUACAUGAUGCCUGUUUGCCAACUUCUCUUGUUUGUAUGGAUAUGGCACCUAUAUUAAUAUCUUUUUAGUUCAAGCUGGUCAUGUAAACUAGUGUAUUUUUAUGCCUUUAUUUGUGUCUCUAUGUACUUAUUUUGCUCCAUGAAAUUAUUUGAGUGAUAUUUUAUUUACAAAUGUUAUGUUUUUAAACAUAAAUAUAUAUAUAGAUGGCAUUUAAUUUAUUUGAUAUGUUUGAUUUAUUAUGUGGUUGCAGAUUUUUGAGCAUUCAUUUUUAUUGAUAUUGCGUGCUAAUUGUAUAGAGAAAAAUGUGAAGCAGUGUUUUUAUUCUUUCAUAUUUUGUAUAACAAUUUUAAAUUUAUUUUAGGUAGGAAAUUCUGAUUUAGAUGCUUGUCCCUAUCUUUAUACUUUAUUUUCUAACAGCAUAAAGCAAAAGCAGCUUUGCAGGAAGGAUCUUUUUGAUAACUGAAAAACAUCUUAAAAUAUUUGUUAUUUUUUGAACACUUUAAUAUUCAUUUUAAUUUUAUAAUGAAUUUAUUUUUUUAAUGCAGAAAUGCUUUUUUUAAAAAAUUUUUUAAUUUAUUUUCAUUUUUAAAAUAUGAUUGAUAUUUGUUUGAUUUGAAAUUGUAAUAAUUUGAAAGACUAAGUAAUUAAGGAAUAUUUAAUUGAAAUUAUGUUCAUGCAAUUUAAUUGGCCAAAUUUUUAGAUAAAAAAAAACAGUUAGCUCCUAAAAUGUUGUUCACAUAAUAAUAUGUUAAAUAUUAAGUGAAUAUGGUAUUUAAAUUACAAGGUAUUUUAAAUAUGAUUUCAGAUUUGGCAGUAUUAUUUCUUAAAUUCUACUGUUUUAUGCUCUGUUUGAGAGAAUUUGAAUGAAAUGACAAAAGUUUGAGAAAUGUUUUUUUGAGAAAUGAAAUGCCAUUCUCACUUUUUGUUCUGUUGUGAUAAAAAUAUACUAACAAUAUUGUUGUUAAAAAAAAUAUACUAAAACAGGGUGUCCCAAAAUAUGUACUUUGAAAAAUUUAUUGCAUGGAGAUUUAAUAAUAUGCAUCAAAGUUACAUAACUAAAUUUAUGCUGGCAUACAGUUUUGUAAGUUAUCAGAAACAAUCCAACUAUUUACAGUUACUUUCUGGCAAUUACUUUUACAUUGACUGAUGGAAUUAUAAACCGUGCUUUGUAUUUGAGUUGGUAUUCAAAUGGAUUCUAUUUCAAAUGCUGCUUUUGUUUCAUUAAAUGCAGUUGGCCUUAAUUUAUAAACAUAUUUCAAGUAACAUCAUAAAAAAAAGUGGCAUGGAAAAGCAUGUACCCUAUCCCAUCUGGAUUAAGAUAAGCUUUCUAUUAGAUUAUAAUUUAGUUAAAUUUUUAUAUUAAUUUCAAUAGUAAUUGAAAAAAGAUUUACAUAAAAUUUUAAUGUCUAUUCACAAUUGUUUAUGCAAUAAACAAAUACAAAAAUUUUAAAUAAUUUAAACACUGUAGCUUUAUUGUUAAAUAUGAUAUAAUUUUUAGAGUUUGUACUUUGUUUUUAGGUGUGGAAAAUGUUAAUGCCCAUCCUUUUCUAUUUGUGUGCCAUUUAUAUUGUUAAAUUUUAUAUUUUGCAUUUAUUAUAAAAAAGAUUUUUUUGUUAUUAUACAAAUAUACUGUGCCAACAUAAAAUAUUUAAUGUAUUUCUAGAAUAUAAUAGUUAUUUAAAUAUCUUGCAUCUGUAUAUGGGGCCUGAUGGUAAGAUUUAGGUUUCAGGAUCAGAGGAAUGCAGGUUUAAGACAGGAUUCUAUUAAAGAUCUCUUGUGUAUAUAAAGGUGGUAAACUUUAACUGCCAUCACAGUUCAUAUAUUUGUGUGGUGUAAAAAUUAGAAGAAUGAGAUGUUACCUCAGUCAUUGUCCUCAUCAUUUGACUAUAAUUCAAAAUUAUAAAGUCCAAAAUAGUCCUCGUAUAGGCAAUAGAAAAUAGGAUAUUAAUCUAAUUAAACAGAACGUGUCUGCAUAUCCAAAACCAGAAUUGAAUGAUUGAUUUUAUUAAAGAAAAAGAAAAAUCUUUUCCAUAGUGAUAUUUCUAAAAUACUUAUAUUGAGCUAUGAAAAAAAAAAAAAAUACCCACUUCUUAAAAAUGUAGAUUUGAAAACAAUGUCUGUAGUUUCAAGUAUGAAAUAAAAAUUAUAGGAUGUGAACUAAUAUAAAAUAUUACAUCAGGCAUUUAAUUAUAGCUAAAAUUGUUAUGUGCUAUAAGAUUAUCUAUGAUGUUUAAGAUAUUAGUCUUCCCUUUAUGAAAUUCCAAAAUGAUUGCAUUUUUCUUGUGCGAGGAUCCAUUUUAUAAAUCAGUUUAUUCAAAAAUGGAAAGAAAAUUUUACAAUUUUGAAUUAUUUUGUUUCCCUGGAUCUGUAAAUUUUCUAUAAUGGCUAAUGACAAUUGAUGUUGAACGCAUGUAGAAAGCUACAAGCGAUGACCACCAUUGAUAUAAUGCAUGUUCCUGAAAGUUUUGGAGGAAUGUUAAUGGUGGUCAUUCAAGAUUGGUUCAUUCAAUCAUGUUAUAAUUAAAUCCAAAAUGAUCAUCCAUGUGAAAAUUUCUCAUUUUUAUGUUUUGUGUGGAGUGGAAAGUUAGGCAUACGAAUUAAUUCUAAUCGGCCCGCACCAUCAGGAUUAGUAGUUGAGGGGAGAAAAGUUUGGAACCGCUUAUAGGCAGGGUUGACCUUUAGUUGAUUGGACCUAUUGCUCAAAUUCAGUCCCUUUGUUAAAGGUUCUGCUUCAUCCAGUAGGGUUAAUAAUGUUGGAUCGGUAAGUGCAAAAUUGAAUUAAAAAAUUCAAAAGCUACUUUCUUCUUGCAUUGUAGCAUUUAAAAUAUUAUUAAAAAAUUAUAGCAAUCUUAUAUAAAUUCAACCUCGAGACUUAGACAAAUUUAAACUUUUCUCAAUAAAAUAAUAAUAAUAAAUUGAAAUCUGCUAUAGCAGAUUUCAAGAGUCAUUGUUUGUUUUAAUUAAUUAAUUGGUUAAAAACAAUAACGUGACUAUCAGAUUACGCAUGCUUCAAUAAUUAGAAAAGCGUUUUUUUCCCCCCAUUUUUAAAUUAUUCGAGUUCCAAAGCUUUUUUUUCCAGCUAGAAAAAUUCAAAAUCAAUAUAUAUAUAU